GAGCCGAACAUGAGCCCGCCCAGAGUCGUCACUUCCGAAGCCACCGGAGCAGCUGAACCACCAUGGCCUCGCCGUCGCUCAAGUCCCACUCUCCCGUCGCCGCCGCUCUGCACUCCGCAAGAAGAGCCGACCUCCAUGGCCGCGGCCCGGUGACCGUACACCUCGGCAGGUUCCAUGACCGCGGCUUCAGGUCCAGCAAUUCUAAGAGGUCGGCGAAGGUGAGCGCGUUCCCGUCGCUGGACAUGGUGCCGCUGAUGGCGACGAUGGUGGACCACGUGAACAUGUCCCGGGACUACGUGGUGACCAAGUCCAUCUGGCACCUAAGCGACACCGCCCUCAAGAGCGUCUACACCUUCUACGCCAUGUUCACGGUCUGGGGCGUCUGCUUCUUCGCGUCCAUGAAGGAUCCCUUCUACGACAGCGACACCUACAGGAGCCAGGGGGGCGAUGGAACCGUGCACUGGUACUACGACAAGCAAGAGGACCUGGAGGCGUCUGCGAGGAACGAUCUGCUGAGGGAGGAGCUGCUCGAGGAGAUCGAGCAGAGGGUUGGAGGGCUCAGGGAGCUGGAGGAAGCAGGCAGGGAGGAGCAACUCACCCAGUGAUAAGAGAUAGGCGGAUGAUGGGCAUGAGUUACAAACUAGCUAUCUGAACAUUGCAUGAAAAAAUAAGUCCAGACUCUUUUUACCAGCUGUGUGCUGCUUCGCGUUUGUAUAUGCUGAAAGCCUGAAACGCCCUGAAUUACAGUGUGAUACCAAGAUAUGUAUAGUUGGCUGGUAUUACUGUUA